AUGGAUCCUUCAAAAGUCAUAGUAGAUGAUUUUGUUUUAACCGGUUUACGUGUCCCAGGAAGUACUAAAAACUCUUUUAAAUUGGGCACAAAUACAGCUUUUGCUGCUCAGUUUCCGGGUUUGAAUGAUAUGGGAAUCUCCAUAACACGCGCAGACUUGGAUGUGGGUGGCAUUUUUCCCAUCCAUACACAUCGAGUGUCAGAGCUUCUUAUCGUAGUUGAAGGAACAAUAGUUGCGGGAUUUAUUGAUACGAAUAAUAACACCGCAUCCUAUACAACAUUGCAUAAAGGUGACGUUAUGAUUUUCCCACCAACAUUACUCUAUUUCGUAGUGAAUGCUAGAUACACUCCAGUAGUAGCGUAUGCAUGUUUGGCUAGUGAAAAUCCAGUUCUCCAAUUAGUUCACUUUGCCUUAUUCCGAAACAACUUACCAUCAGAAUUGGUUGAGAAGAUCACAUUGCUUGAUCAGGCACUACUGUAAAAGGUUAAGAAGGUUUUUGGGAGCACCAAUCAAUUGAUGAAGUAUCUUGUUUACAUUUAAUCAUUAACAUGAAACUUGCAAAUGCCAAUAUUAUAAUGUAAUUAUUACUUUUAU